GACGUUUGUGAUGUCUAUGGCUCUAUGGUUGUCAAACAAAAAUUGAUUUGGUUUGGGCCUUGUAAUUUUAUCUUGUUGAUUCAUUAGUUAUAAAUUUUUAUAUUUUUUACUAUAUUCAGCACUUUGUGCAUGUGAUUAUCGCCAUGGCCAACGACGAGGCAGUUUUAAAAGUGUAUCUCGCUAAGUACAAGCAUCGGGAUAUUACAUCACGAGAGGUGAUUAGUCUGAUUCAAGUUUAUCGUAGUUUGACUUAUCGUUUAGAAGCCUUUGUGUUCAAUAAUGGAGCACGAAAAGACUUGCUUAACAUCGAAGGAACCAUACCGGUGAACUACAAGGGCUCAUUCUACAACAUACCUGUGUGCAUCUGGUUAAUGGAUACACAUCCUCAGCACGUACCUCUGUGCUUCGUAAAACCUACAGCUGAUAUGUCCCUAAAGGUAUCUAGAUACGUCGACAGCAAUGGCAAAGUGUAUCUACCGUAUUUACACGAGUGGACUCCAAAUGGAUCUAAUCUUCAGACACUUGUACAAUGCAUGAUAAAUGCAUUCGGAGAAUUGCCACCAGUCUAUUCUAAACCACGAAACGAAACUCGCCCUCCAUAUCCAGUUAACUCUUUUAUGCCACAACCGUCUGGAUACCCGUAUCCUACAGUGAGCCCUCCACAGCCUGGCUACCCCUCGGUGACACCAUAUCCUACAACUUCUAACUUGCCUUACCCAAAUUAUGGUACUCCUUAUCCUGGUUCAGCCAACACUAAUGGGCCACCAUUCUCUCCACCCAACCCAACACCAUAUCCAACAGCAACAAAUUAUGUACAAGGCCCUGAUGCAGCCGGUGGAACUAUAACAGAGGAGCAUAUCAAGGCCUCACUAUUAUCAGCAGUGGAGGACAAACUGAGGCGAAGACUUAAGGAGCAGUCUCAGCAGUCACAAGCUGAGCUUGAAACCCUGCGACGUACCCAACAAGAAUUGCGUGAAGGAAAAACAAGGUUGGAGGACAUUUUGACAAGAUUGCAGAGGGAGAGAACUGAGCUUGAUAAAAAUGUGACUAUUUUACAAGAGAAGGAGAAAGAGCUGCAAUCUGCUGUUGAUCACUUAGGUGAACAAGAAACUGUAGAUGUUGACGAGGCUGUUGUGACCACAGCUCCUUUGUACUCUCAGCUUUUAAAUGCCUUUGCAGAGGAAGCCACUCUCGAGGAUGCUAUCUACUACAUGGGUGAGGCUUUGCGUAAAGAGAUUAUUGAUUUGGAUACAUUUUUGAAGCAAGUCCGAACUUUAGCUCGGCAACAAUUCACUUUAAGGGCUCUAAUGCAUAAGUGUAGACAAAAGGCUCAACUAGCUUGUUAGGCCCUGUUACUGACUUGCAAUACAACAAAUUUCUUGAUAUCUUCAGCCUAACUGACCAAGCAUAUAAAAUUUAAUAUUUCUGUAUUUUGGAUGUAUUUGCAUAUACAUAAGUACAUUCUUUUGGACUCUGUCUUUGUAAAAUUAAUACUACAAAUUAGACUCACACUUGUAAGAUUUUUGUAUGUAUACCAAACAAAAACCUCCUUUUUUUUAUCAUUCUUUGUUCUAUCUUUCAUAAGACACAUGAAAAAUAGUGGCUUUAAAAAGUCGCAGGUAAAUUCAGCUUGGUUGGUCAGUUAAGGCACUUUGUUUAUAGACAGUUAUAGAAGUAUACUUUAUAUAUUACAUGAUAUAGCUUAUGUAUUGCUGAUAUAGAACAAUAUUCUGUAUACUUCAUGAAUUUUUGAUUAAAUAUGUGUUCAAAUAGACACUGUAACAUUAAUAGUUUGCCUGGCUGACUAUUUUAAGUAUGCUUGUAAUAAAAAUAAUUUUAUAAUACAUUCAAUUGUGAGAUUUUUUUCUUCUUAUCAACACUUCAGUGAAGACAUAAAAUAGCAUAAUAUGGACUUGUAUAAAUUAAUAUUGAUUGCAUAUUGCUUAUACUAUACAUGGAAAGCACUUUGUUGUGUUAUAAUAUGUACAAUGUAUUUCAUAUCAUGCAGCAUGCUACAACAUAAUAUGUAUAAUACAGGUAUAAUUGUUACAACGAUUAAUAAUAAUUCUUAAAUUUUUGUAUGGUAAAAUAUGAAAUCCAAAAUGUAUACUCAAGGAAACCAAUACAUUUUUAUUGGUUGAUUUUUUAUGUUUGUACCUACUUUUAAAAUAAUUGAUUCACAAUUUAUUAGAAAUCACGUGGAAAUAAAUAAAAAUGGGUCUUAAAAUGUUAUUUAAAGACAAUUGUUAUUUUAAAUUAAAAUUAUUAUAAGUGUUUUAUGACACUAUGUAAUUGAAUUAAGUGUGUAGAGAAUUAUAGCUGUAAAUCCAUAAUCACACUUUAAUGUUUAUAAUACCAAUGUUUUGCUAUUGUAGCUUUAAGUUCUGGAUAAAAUAUUAAUUUUGUAAACAUGAAAAUGAAAAGACACAAAUUAUAUAUUUUCAUGUUAAUAGCUUACACAAUUUUUCAUUAUAAAGUUCUAUCCAACCAUAUCAGUAUCUUACCUGCCUAUUUAUUUGUAUAAAUCAAGAUCCAACAAUAAUUUAUUGCUCAUUUAAUUGAUGAUGUGAAAUGUCCACAUUUUAUAAAAAAGUUUGAGAGCCUCCACUCCUAAUAUAGGUAAAUAUGAUAGUUACAAUGAACUUUGGAUCAUAGUUGCUUUGGGAGGUAGCAGGUUUUAAAGCUUAGGGACCUUUGAAGUACCCAGUGAAGGGUUGCCAGAAGCUAAGUUAUUGGCUGACUGAUAUGAUUUCUUAUAUCAUUCUGAAUAAAAUUUACUAUAUUAUGAUUAAAUAUUAAGACCUUGGAACCUGUUACCUAAAACCAAUUAUAAUCCAAACUUUGUAGUUCUACCGUCGGCUCAUAUGCAAGCAAGGUUAUGCAAGCAAGCAAACUUCUUUUAUAAUAUGAUGAUCAAUGAUGUUAAAUACUGUUACAUGUGUUACUAGGUCAUGAAAAAUGAGACGCUCAAAAGACUACGUCUCAAUGUUAGUUUGGACAACAACAAACAUUAUUAUUUAAACAAUGUUGAGUUGUGUGUUCAGGAAGUGUAAAAACUAUAUAUAAAUAAAUAAAUAAUUGAAUUAAAGACUAAAUUGUGCAUGUGUGCGCUCAGUUUUGUAGCCUAUUAUUCGAAUCACUUUUUGCGGUGAUUUAGUAGGGACAUGACCAAUCUAUAAUAUAAAAUAUCAUUGAUGAUGAUGGUCUUACCACUCUGGCUCCCACUCUGUAGCAUGGUUAGAUUUAAAUUAAUUAGUAUGGUUUUUUAAAAUGGUAACACAGAUAGGACAGUCUUAGGUGCUGGUAUGAAUGCAUAGAUCAUGCAAUUUAAUUGCAGUUAAAAGUAUAAAUUAUGUAAUUGUAAAAUUAUUAAAAUUGUAAUAUUUAAUGAUUUUGACAAUAAAUGAAAAAAAACUUAUUAUUUACCUUUGA